AUGCUUGUCCUCGAUGAAGCAACUCAAAAAUUUUGCAAGUCGCUCGCCAUAAAAGGGAGGGAUACACAGAGCACACUUGAAAUAAAGCCUAGCACUGAGGUUUCACUUGAGUCCCAAAGUGAACAACAAAAUAACGAUGCUAAGAUUCCUUUACCAGAAUCUGGUUCAUUUUCAGCAUCAAACAAUGAUAACAGAAAAGUUUCACGCAAAGACAUUGAACUGGUCCAGAAUUUGAUAGAAAGAUGUCUGCAAUUGUACAUGAAUAAAGAUGAGGUGGUAAAGACCCUCUUGAAUCAUGCCAGGAUAGAACCUGGGUUUACAACAUUGGUGUGGCAGAAAUUAGAAGAAGAGAAUCCUGAGUUUUUCAGGGCUUACUACAUAAGGCUUAAAUUGAAAAAACAAAUAAUCUUGUUUAAUAACUUGCUAGAACAUCAGCAUCAUCUAAUGAAAUAUCCAAUGCCUCCGACGGUUUCUUUUGCUCCAAUGCACAAUGGGAUUCAUUCAAUGCCAGUUAAUAACUUACCCAUGGGAUACCCAGUCAUACAACAGCCUCCAGUUCCUGCUACAGGACAAGUUCACAUUGAUUCUAUGGGAUAUUCGACAUCUGGUUUUCAUGUUGUUAAUGGAGUUCCUGCUCCAGGCAAUUUCCAUCCGAUGCAGAUGAAUUCUGGAAAUGAUAUGGCAAUCGACACCAAUGCAGCUGAUCUGUCUCCCGCUAUGCCUCCUAACAAUGCCAUGUCCUCCAUGUCAGAUAUGCUUGUGAGCCCCACAUCAGCAGCGUCCAGUGGUCAUUUCCCCUUCAGUGCAUCAGAGGUAUCAGGCUUGGGAGUCGACACAUUAGGCCUCGACACAGCAUUUACAUCUGAUAUGGCAACUUCAGUAGGACUGCAGCUACCACCAGAAAAUGAUGAUGGGAAUUCUAGAGACUCCCUUGGAUCCUAUGCUCAGAUUCCUUGGAAUUUCAGUUUUUCGGACCUAACAGCAGAUUUAUCGAACAUAGGAGAUCUAGGAGCUCUUGGAAACUAUGAUGGUUCACCCUUUUUGCCUUCCGAUUCAGAUAUUUUACUUGAUUCUCCAGAGCCAGAAGAUAUAGUUGAGGACUUCUUUGUUGAUUCUGUUCCUGGCCCACCAAGCCUACCGUCUGAUGAGAAGUCCUAGCAUAACAACAAAAACUCAGCCUCAUUCUCAAUAAAUUUGGAUCGACAGGGAGAUUUAAGGAAACUAAAUUCUUAGCAACUACUACAUACCAAGUUAAGAGACGUCCAAGCAUGAACUGAAAUACUCUUUUGAACUUGGGAGUUUAGACUAGGAUAUGAGGUUCUAUUGAAGACGAAGCAUUAAUUGUCCAAAGCUUUGACAAAUUUAGGCGUCACAGCUUUCAGGUUAGUAGCUGGCUCUUUUCUGUGGAAGCACUUGUGUUAUGAUAGUUCCGUUUUUGUAUUCCAUUUAGACGGUGGAAAUUGAACAUGAUAAUCUUCUAGAGCGAGAUUUUUUCGUGUUAUGUUCUGUUUUAUGGACAUAAUAAUAUUUUAUAUUUCGGACGUUUUGCUUUGCAGUUUAAUAUGCAUAUGUACAUAAAUUAUGUAGAUUGAAUUUGUAAUAGCUAAUAGUAGUUGACAAAGGUUUUAUGCCUUGACAAAUGUGCUUUGAGUUCUACCAUGAUCAAAUUCAUGAAUUUCAUUAUCUUUUAAAUUA